CUGACCGUUCCUGCCACAAGACCAGGCCUGCCUUCAUUAACGGAUAACAAAAACAAACAAAACCUCCGGCAUUUCAUUUCAGAGGCUGCAGCAGACUACGUCACAGUCACAUUGAUCUGCAAAGUUGACUGACUUUGAAGCCAACAAUCUUACAAUAAGUUAAUAAAGAAGCUUUUUUGUUUGCUUCAGUGCAAACAAGGCAUACAGAGAAGUCCUUUGUGUUUGUUUGUUUGGUUUUUUUCUUUAGAGGUUAAAUUAGUCUACCUUGUACUUACAUUCAUAUGGCCGUUGAUGUGCUUCUAAUGUAUUGAUUAGCUGGUGUUUUGCCCUCAAAAGAGAAUAAACAGCAUUUUCUAUGUACAAUAUAGUGAAGGAAUGAACAAAGGAAUUAAGGGAGUCCUGUAGGGCUUCAUCUGUUUUCCAAGCUGGCACCAUUGCUGCAAGGAGCCAGGAACUCAGGAAAUUCAGAUGACCUUUGAGUGAUAGUUUCCUGAGCUUCUUUUACUGGUCCGUGUGCUGCAGAUGGACAACUUCAGUACAGAAAAAGCUAUGUUAAUGCACCUGAUCCUGCUGAGCGUGCUGACUGAGAGCAGCCAGGCAUGCUACUGUGAACACUACCCAUGGGGAUCAUGGUCUUCCUGUUCACAAACCUGCAAUUACGGCACACAGACCAGGCAUAGGCAAAUAAGAGUGGAUGACUAUUAUAGACAAAACUUCUGUGACCAGCUGUGUACAAAGCAGGAAUCACGUGUAUGUAAUCAGCAAACGUGUCCCAUCAACUGUCAGCUUGGAGACUUUGGCCCUUGGUCAGAAUGUGACCCAUGCAUUAAAAAACAAUUUCGUGUCCGAACACUACUGCGACCAUCUCAAUUUGGGGGUCAGGCCUGUACCGAGCCGCUGGUGGAUUCCCGCCCAUGCUUCCCAGCUAAGCUCUGCAAAAUAGUGGAAGUUGAUUGCAAGAAUAAAUUUCAGUGCGAAAGUGGUCGCUGUAUUGCAAAAAAAUUAGAAUGUAAUGGAGAAAAUGACUGUGGGGACAACUCAGAUGAAAGAAAUUGUGGGAGGAAAAAGACCGUGUGUAACAGAAAGUAUGAGAGCAUUCCAGGUGUGCAAUUAAUAGGCAGUGGAUUUCACCUUCUGGCGGGAGAGAGCCGAGGGGAAGUCCUUGGCAACUCAUUCAAUGGAGGACAAUGCACGACCGUGAAGCGCAAUGAGACAAGGAAAUCAUAUCGAGUUCCUGCAAACCUGGAGGCUGUCAGUUUUCAGGUAAUAGACGAAGAGGAUGAUGUAAUAUCAGAUUUCUACAAUGAUUUAACUCCUCUGAGUUAUAGUGAUCAUGGAGGUAGUUCAUCCAGUCAUGGUUCUCGAGGGUCUUCUGGUAUCCCAUUUUUAUUUUCAAGAAAGACACGGGUUAAAGUCACUUCAUCUUCCUCCUUCAAGAAAGCCAUUGAAGCCUCAUAUGAAAAGAAUUCCAACUUCAUUAGAGUCCAUAAAGUCAUUUCUGUUGCAAACUUCACAAUGAAACAGUCAGAUCUGCAGCUUUCAGAUGUCUUUCUAAAAGCGCUUAAUCACCUACCCCUGGAAUACAAUUACGCUUUAUACAGCAGAAUAUUUGAUGACUUUGGCACUCAUUACUACACCUCUGGGAAGAUGGGUGGUUCCUAUGACAUCCUUUACCAGUAUAGCUCUGAGGAACUGAAGAACUCAGGACUGGCAGUGGAUGAAUCAACGGAGUGUGUUCGAACAGAAACAACAAGGCGUGUGUUCUUCCGGAAGAAAAAGAAAGUCAGUACCAGAUGCACCACGAACAGGAUGACUGUGAAGCAUGAAGGUUCCAUUUUGGAGUCAGCGGAACGGUCAGUCUCCCUGGUAAAAGGUGGCAGGUCAGAGUACGCAGCAGCUCUGGCCUGGGAGAAAAGAGGGGCUUUUCCUGGACACGCAGCCUUCACAAACUGGCUGGAAUCAACAAAGGACAAUCCAGUGGUGAUUGAUUUUGAGGUGUCUCCCAUUGUGGAUUUGGUGAAGGAUGUGCCAUGUGCCGUGACCAGACGUCGCAACAUGAGGAGAGCCCUGAGAGAAUAUGUGGACAGGUUUGACCCUUGCCAGUGUGCCCCGUGCCCCAACAAUGGCAAGCCUGUGUUUUCCGGGACGGAAUGCCUCUGCCUGUGCCAGGCUGGCACCUACGGCCAAAACUGUGAGAAACGAGCUCCGGGUUACAAAUCAGUUGCUGUAGAUGGCCGCUGGGGUUGCUGGUCUGAAUGGAGUUCAUGUGAUGCUUCCUUCAAAACAAGAAGGACCCGUGAGUGUAACAACCCCUCCCCAAUGAACGGCGGGAAGCCCUGUGAAGGUGAAUGGAAAGAGGAGGAGGACUGUUAUGUCUCUGUGUUCGCGGACAGUGGUGCUCCUUGUAUAAAUGAUGAUGAAGCCAGGAAAGAAGAGGAUGUCUUGAUCGGUGAACCUGAGUCUGGAUGCUCCAGGCCUGAUCCACCAGAAAAUGGUUUUAUCAGGAAUGAAAAGAACUGGUAUGCUGUGGGGCAAGAAGCCGAAAUUGCCUGUAUGAGUGGACAUGUCCUCAGUGGCUAUCAAUUCCUUCGGUGCCUGCCAGAUCAAACCUGGAUGCAGCAACCUGUGGAAUGUCAACCCUCAGUAUGCCUCAGGCCAUCAACAUCUGAUAUGGUCACAAUUUCCCCAUUUAAGCAACAGUACAACAUCGGUGAGACCCUGAAGCUGAGCUGCCAAGCUGGGUUUAUAGUCACUGGUCAAACACAGUAUACAUGUGGGAAAGACCUGUCCUGGACACCUCCAAUUUUGAGAUCCAUUACAUGUGAAAAAGAUGUGCAAUCUAAAAUCAGAGGUGUUUGCAAUCCAGGACAAAAGCAGGUUGGAUCUCAGUGUGUUUGCAUGUCUCCAGAAGAGGAUUGCGGGCAUUUCUCAGAAGACAUCUGUGUGCUACACUCUGUUUCUGAACAGAAUGUGACCAGGCCCAGCUGUCAGUACUCAGCUGAAAUGUGCCUUGGAGAGCAGUCAUUUCAUUUCUUGCAUGCUGGUCCUUGCCACGGUGAUGCCAACUUAGACUGGGCUAUUGAAAGGGCAAAGCUAUCUACAAAGAGCUUGAAGAAAGUGCCCUGUGGCUACGACACCUGCUAUGACUGGGAGGAAUGUCCAGUGACACAGACCCAGUGCUCCUGCCUGAUGCCUUACCAGUGCCCCAAAGAACAGCACCACCUUCACUGCAUCCAGAUGGAGUCAACGGGGAGGAGGAGGACAGUCAGUCUUUGCGUGCUGGCAGCCAUGAAGUGUGCUGGGAUCAAACUGAAGGUGCUGGAGCAGGGAAACUGCCUGGCGUAACACAUCAGCUCUUCUGGCAGCCACCACAAUUACCCUGCUGUGACCAGGCUGAGCCAGCCUAGGGAAAACCCAACUGGUUAUGAAAGUGCAAGUAGAUCAAAAACAAAGGAUGAAGAAAAAAAUAAAGGAGAAUUCAUUUAACAGAUUUAUGGGAGAAGGAUGGCAGAGGGCUGUUACAUUUGGCCUGAAAAUUAUCUGGGUUGUGGGGUAAAAGGACUGCUCUCGCUGCUUGUAACUCUGUGGAUAAACAAAGGGAAGGAGGGGAACAGACGAGAAGGGAGAAAGAGGAGCAUGGCCUCUGGUCUUUCCUGGUGCUGGAUGAGACUUUUUUUCAGUCAUUUGUUGCUCUUUUCCUGCACUUAUCUCUUCUGUGCACUCUGGUCAUCUCACUGGCUGAGUACCGGCUGUUAUCACCCAGGCAGGCAGAAUUCAGCAUCGUUACACAUUCCCUCUGACACCUUAUGGGGUCAUGAAGUAGGCGCCUGUCUGGGCACUCACGGUAUUAAUCUCGGGAGAAAUAUGAAAUACUGAAUAUUGCAAAUAUGCAACGAUUGACUGGAGUUUUAAAGACAGUGAGAUUUUAAAUCAGAGUAACUGAAUGAAGGAAAUGUUUGCUUUCCAGGUUAGUUUGCUAGUUUUGCCACUUAGGUGCUGCAGGGGAAUUUUUAUGGUACCCCUCGAGGCGAAUUGAACACAUGCUUGUGCAUAAGUAUAAAAGAAAAAAAUAAUAAACAAUGCAUUGGGCAGAGUCCUAUGACAAUACUACACACAUCUACACGGAAUCUGCAAUGAUGCAUCCUAUGCAGAUUCCUUAAAUACACUUGCACCAGCACCAGUCCUGAGAGUAGUCGCAUGGGGCAUGUCAUCCCGGCUGUGGGUUCAUCUCCUAGCUCAGCUCUGCUGUCCAGAGAUGGCCCCUGAGCCUGGGUCCCUGCGUGCUUCCAUUCCAGGAUGGCUACAAGACGAUGCUGAGGGUGUUUCUUUUCUCCUUACCAAGGGAAGGUUGCAAGGAGUUGGUCUUUCUCUGGUAUUUCUACUUCCAGCCAGUUUAACCCCUUCUUGUAGUCAGGCGUUCUUGCCCUUUGUGCCAGAUCAUCCCUUAGUCACAAAUCACCACUGCUGAGCAGUUAAAAUCAGAAUUUCCCCUUCACCACUCAGAAUUUUACAAACCUGACGACUAGAAACCUGCUUUCCAUGAAGGGGAAAGCUGAAAGUCGCUUUCUUUCACCAGCAGUCUGCAGAACAAUGAAAAUCAGGAAUAAAUAAGAAGAAUGAAAAGUGUCCAUUGAUGAAUAACCUACUCUAUAUGUAAGUGUUACACCUCACCAUGGUCUGGGCAGAGUCAGUUGAGAGCUGGAAGUUGACUGGAUGUGAAAUGCUUAAUUUUUUUCCAAGGAGACUUAAGACCCUUAUAUUUAGGACAUUGCCAAGCUCACUAGAUCAGCAGCUAGUCUCAACUGGAUGGAGCUCAAGGAAAAGAAGCAAUUACUCCUGAUGUUAAAAACAAUAAAACAUUAUGUUUUCUUGCUCAAAAUGUGUAGUAAAAAUGAUUAUAAAGAACCUCAGAUACUUUUGCCUUUGUAGUUCUAUAGUUCUUUCUUCCAACUGAAGAUAUGUGCUAAUGCUCUCUGAUGGUCUGGGAGAGGGUUGCAAAUUUGAUUGUCUCCAGGUUGGUUUUUAAUGCCUUUAUUUCUUCUUAACGAUUGCAUUCUGUGAGGGAGUAAUCACUCACAAUGGCUAUGUAUGCCUUCUGCACCCUUAACAAGCAAUGAUUUCUUCCUCCUGACCCUCUAAACUUAAUACUGGCUUUUCAUUACAUGACACUGAUUCCAGUGUGACUGUCUAGCCAUGUUUCUGAUAGGAGGAACUAUUUUUCCUUGGCACUUCUUACCACAAAUUAGCAGAAGAAGUUACUUCCUGGCAGACAAAAGGCAGCUGAGAGCUCCCUGGCUGCCCUUGUUUCUUCAGCGUUCUCAGUGCAAGUGUUCAUGUUAAGAUUUGCAUUGUUCUCUUCCUGAUGGGAAUAACUGAUGUAGUUUCUUUUUUACAGCUGAACAUUAUGGCACAGACUGGAGACAUCAUCUGCAACUCAGUAAUAAGGUAGUUAUUCAGCCAUAAACUGAAUCUAGAGGGAAUCUUCAGCUUGCUGAAAUCAGUAGGAAUUUUGCUAUUGGCUUCAGUAGAGUCAGGAUUGCACUUGCGAGGACUUUGGGUCUGUUGUUCUGCUCUGUCACGGGGUCCCCAACCCUCACAUCAAACACUACAGAUCUUUAAUGUUUCCUGCAACAGCUAUUUUUCUCUUGGAUAAGCUCUCCUCUUCUACUGUGAUAUUAGGUAAUGAUAAAGUUUUCUUGUUCACUGUCUCUCCUUUGCCAUUGUAAGCUCCAAGUAAUGUUACCUCUCUUGAUUGAUCAUUGCCUUGGGUCAUAAAUUAUAAUUGGAGAAGAUGAAGCAAACCUGGUCUGAAUCUGUCAGGGUAACCAGGGUCACAGACACCUUACUGAUUCUCAGAGGACAGCUUUCUUGGUAAUUCAGCUUUUCUAUUACACAGAAAAAUCCCACCUAUUUGUUCUUAAUAUCAGAAAGGAGGCAUUAUCCAAAAUGAAUAUAAUGAGUCUUUUCACCGACAUAAAGUUCCAUACGACACCCCAGCAUAUCGAAUUUUUCACUAGCACAAAAAGAUGUGAAGUGUAUGUAGAAUACACUUACCACAGUGAGACAGCUGAGGCACAAUUCAAUGGCUGAACAAUUAGCAUCUGCUCUUGUAGGCUUCUGUAUAAAUAGUUAUUGCAAUAGUAACAAAGAAUGCAAAAAUUUGACCAAAUAUAGAAGAGAACAGAACAUGUACAUAUUGUGUCUCUUACAAUGUUUAUCCUUAUGCAGCCUCAGAAAGGGACAAUUCAGAGUUCGCUCCAAGAAUUUGAAUAUAAAGUGGAUAUCUAGGUUUGAAUAGUAGUCAACAUGCUUUUGCCAAUGGGACACUGCUUAGUUACAGCAAUUACUCUUUCUUAUUACAGCUUAGAUAGAAAACAUCUUUGAGUCCUGCUGUCUUUAUUUCAGUUGCUAUGUGAACUGAAGAAUUUGGUGCAAAUGCGACUGUGACUAUUAAAUUCAUGCUAGAUGCCUUGAGCACAGCAGAAGAUGAGUACCAGAGAUUCUGCUAGUGCCACUUUCCCACUGAGUGAUAAACCAGAUGUGAUCUCAACUAGUUUUUCCCACGAGGUUCCUGCAGAGCUCACUGCUGGGCUUGUACUCCAGGUGGUGCAGGGUUGCAUCUUCAGCAGCAGCAUAGUUUGUUUCAUUCAUGAUAGCUCCAGCUCAACCUUAUCAGUUUAUGUAUUUAGAGGAAGAGGUCCAUCACGUUUCUCCUCAACAAGAGAUCCCUGAGCAAUAGGUUUUGGCUUGUUGCUACAGAAAACGAAGGCUUCAGCUGUACUUGUAGCAGAACUGACUUGACUCUGCUGGUAGGAUGUUAUGGGAUAAAGAUGCUAAAAAUAACACUGUUUAUAAGUUAAAACUUAACUAGAUUUAAUAAACCCCUGUUCAGCAUUGUCAGUUUUUCUAUAAGGAAUCUUCCAAGUGGUUCCCAAAGCUCUGUGUGUGUUCAUGUGUGAGCGUGUGUGAAGAUUUCUGACA